AUGGGCUCCAACAAACCCCGUGGUCUUCAAGCCGCUCGCAAGCUCCGAACUGACCGCCGCGAGAAUCGAUGGGCCGAUAAAGCUUAUAAAAAGCGUGCUCUCGGCAAUGUUUACAAGACUUCACCCACUGGAGGCUCCUCGCAUGCAAAGGGCAUUGUGCUAGAGAAAGUUGGUGUUGAGGCCAAGCAGCCCAACUCCGCCAUCCGCAAGUGUGUGCGUGUUCAACUGAUCAAGAACGGAAAGAAGGUCACUGCUUUCGUCCCCAACGACGGUUGCCUCAACUUCGUCGACGAGAACGACGAGGUCCUUAUCUCCGGCUUCGGUCGCCGCGGCAAAGCCAAAGGUGAUAUUCCCGGAGUUCGUUUUAAAAUCGUGAAGGUGUCGGGUGUUGGUCUCCUCGCCCUCUGGAAGGAGAAGAAGGAGAAGCCCAGGUCAUAA